GGAAUUUUUUGAACCGUCACGUUCAUUCCGCAAAGCCCGGAAUCGCGGCAUCAUUGGGGAAGACGUUCAACAUACUUGCUGCCGCUGCGUGUGCACACGAAGCUUUGUCCAUGCGCCCGACGAAGCAUCAGCAUGCGGCCACGUCGACUCUGUCGGUGGAGGCCAGGACCGGCAGUAAUGACCAGGACAACCGACAUGCAUAUGCAGAUUGUCGUCAUGAAACCCGCGACGACGAUACCACGAUGAUGCGUGGCAGUGAUUCGCAGGGCCACCGCCAUCAUGUCGACGACGAGCAAGUGUCGUUCAAGAUGCGUUUGUGGGAUUACUUGCUGCGGAACGUCCACAGUGCGGUGGACGAACUCUACUGCAUGUGCGAGCUCGAGAGCAGCACGUCGCACUGCGAAGACGCGGCGCGCGUCCUGCAAUCGUGCCACGACGACUUUAUCAAGCUCAUGGAAUGCAUUCGAAUGCAGUCGUCCAUGUCGUCCAAAUCGUCGGUGGCGUGGGAAGUGAAGAAAGGCAGCCAGUGGUCGCAAUUGGGGAAACCCACGACCGGCGUCGUGGUCCAGGCCCUGGAGCGCAUCGCCAAAACCACAUCACCUCCUCCAGCCUCCGUGCCGUCUCCACCAUUCGUUUCAUCUUCGUUGGUCAUGAUCAAGCCCAAUUCUGCUCGGCCAGCGUCCUCGCCAAGCCCGGCUAGUCCCACGGACGAUCGCGGAGCAUCAUCUCCACACGUCGUUCCAAUGCGCCAUCAAAAGCUCAGCUUGCCGCGGAAACCCAAACGAUCGCCGUCGGAAACAAAGCUCCUGUCGGAACAACGCUUGGACACGGUCACGGCCAACAAGCACGCGAUCGAGUCGGCCAGGUUGACCCGCAUCCGCAUGGCCGCCGAGCGCAUGCAACACGUCACGUCCCGAAAUGCGUCAUCCCGGCAAAAGCAAGAAGACAUGAUGUGGGCCAAGCUAGCGCGCGCCGACAGACUCAAACAAGCGCACUUGCGGUGGAUCGUGAGCAAAGCCGGGUCCGAGAACACCAAAGUGGACGAGAUCAACUUUAUCCAAACGCUUAUGCACCAAGAUCGGAAGAUGGAGUUGCAACAACGGCUAGACCACGUGGCCGUACGACGAGCCAACCUCCUGCGUCAAAUUCAGACCAAAGCCAGUCUCAAGGCUGAAAGCAUUCGGGCAGCGGCCAAGGCGAAAGAAGUGCAGUUGGAACUUCGCGUGUCGCAAAUUCAGAAGCGGCACGAAGGGGUGCAAGCACGGCGGCUCAAGUACCAGCAGGAGAAGAAGGGGGGUGGCGCUAGUACUACUAGCAAGACGUCCCCUCCAACUAAUAGUAGCCCCCCCAUCGGCCCCGCCGGCAGUAACAAACGCAAGUCGUCCAAGCAGCCAUCUCGGCACUCUGCCGCCAGCACCAGCCAUCAUCAAGAUGGACGGGACGCCGUCAUGCCGUCGUUGGAAGCGUCCGUCGAGCUGAGCAUGAAGAAGAACGCCCAGCGGCUUCGAGAUCGCAUGCGAUUCCUCACAAAGGCCACCAAUAUCGUCGCCGUCUCCCCCAAAAACCCAUCGCCCCCUGCAUCCCCUCGUUGCCCGCCUCCUCAUAUUCAUGACGUGAUCGCCACGGCUGUACAACAAAUGGACGACGUGGCGCUGCACGACACGCUCGCCUCGUUCUUGACCCCCCCUUCCAUCUCGAACGCGACGUCCCAUACGUCCAACACGAUAACGUCACCGCACGACUUGGCCAGACUGGCCACCGUGCCGACGUUGCGCUGGGUGUCCAAGCCAACGAUCGCCCUCGCGCUCCGGGUGGUCUUCGUGCAGUGCGCGGCCCACCGACAGCACAUUGACACGCUGGUCGGGUCCAAUCUCGUGCUGCCGCUCGUGGACGUGCUGGUGUGGGCGCUGCAGCACUGGGACCGCAACGACGUCUUGCGAUGGGCCAUGCCCGUGCUCGCGCUGUGCCUCGGUCCAGCAUCGACUUCGAAAUUCGACGCGAUCCGCGAAGACAUUGGCCGGUACAUUGCAAACGUGGGCAUUUUGUUUCGUGUGGCCGAUCGGUUUGCGUUGGUGGCCGUGACCCAGCAAGACGACUUGUUCCGCCUCACUUGUCAUUUUCUCUGUGCGUUGACGACGCAGCACAGACCCAAGCGCGUCGUCGUGCGCUCGAUGCAAGACCUGCGCGUGCCCGUGGCCAAGAUCUUCAAAACCACCGGGUUGUUUGGAAUGGUGACGCUGCUGCUGGCAAGUGUGCCAAUCCACGAAUUCGAUCACGUCACCACCAACAAGCACGACAACGUCACUUUGCACAGCGAUGACACGCACACGUCACAGCCCACGCCAGUAUUGUCGUCGUCGUCAUCCUUGAGUGGGCUCAUCUUGAGAGCAUUGACCAACAUGGCGCGGCUGGACGUCAUGUGGUUUCAAUCGGUCGUGGGGACACGGGCCAACCAGCCCCGAUUCGUCCACCUCGUGCGAACCGUGUUGCUCUCGGCACGCCACGAGUUGCUAGUUGAGUUGCUGCCGUUGCUAGGAUACUACGUGUUGCGAAGUCCACCGCACCAGGCGUCGUUGCGGUGCAUCGGCGACGGACAACCGUCGCUGUUGCAGCUUUUGGCUAUGCUGCCAUUUUCAUACUUUAGCGAUCCUCGGUACUGAAGUCUGUGGUUUGAUCGCGUUAUUCACAUGACGUUGUGGCCGUAGUGGAAAGGAUUUGCUGUUCCCGACCUUGCUUGCAUGUUGCUGGGACGACGAAGACAACGCGACCGUGCUUGAAAUGAACGUGAACACGGUCAUGCUGGUGGUGUACCUUCGAAAACACGUUGAGCACCUUCGUGCGUCCACGACAUCGCUUGGCCAUAAUGACUCGUGGCGCGGCCUCGCCGCGCGCCUGCCGCUCCACAUGUGGAACGAUUUGCUGAGGUACUUUGAAGGUCGGAACAGCGGCGGCACCACGCGACCUACCUCCAAGAUAUCAACUAUAUUGCACAAGUGUCAAAUGGCGAUCUGAUUCCAUGGGCGAGGCGAACAGCUGUCCCUCGUUUUAACGACUAACAUUUUGAUAUUGCGCUCGCA